AUGCACGCCGUGCUUUCCCUCCCAGCUGCUGCUCUGUGCGCCCUGUGUUCAGCGCUGGUUGCCAUGGCAGCACAGCUGACCCAGGAGGACCUGACGUUGACCAGGAGAAAGACAAAUGGAAACACAUAUAAGGGGUACAAUCAUCCUCAGGAAGAUGAUUUCACAGCUGUGAAUAAAGGAGGUCGCUGGGAUUUGGAGAUACAGAAAGUUAAACCCAGUCAUUCAGCCUCCUACUACUGCUCCUGUUGGUUUGAUUACAACUAUUACUACAUCUUUGGCUCCGGGACCAAACUGUACGUAACAGGUGAGGAGGUGGUGAAGCCCGUGGUGAGCGUGUACCCAGCAGCAUCCAGCGCCAACCUGGAGGGGAGGAGCUCCCUGCUGUGUCUGGCCUCCUCCAUGUUUCCUCCUCUGGUCCGGUUCUCCUGGAAAAGACAGAAGGAGAACGGUCCUCUGGUGGAGAUGCUCCCUGCUGAGGCAGAGCAGCUGGAGCUCACAGAGUCCGGACGCACCGCCGCCAUCUUGCUGGUCCAUCAGCAGGAGAACAGCCGCUAUCGAUACCGCUGCUGCGUCCACCACGAGGGGGGAAGGGUGGAGGCCCAGACCGAGCAAGAGGUCAGAGUUCCUCCAUCAGGUCCAGGCCCGUCUCCGUACCAGGUGAAGCUGCUGUGCCGGCUCUACGUGGGGCUGAUAGUGAAGAGCCUGGUGUUCUGCUGUGGAGUCUCUCUGGUGAUGGUCCUGAGGAACACUGCUCACAUGUAGGACUUCUCUCCUCUUCACCUCCAUCCGUUAGUCCCUUUGAUCAGCAAUCAUUAACAUCUGCUUCCAGGUGAUGCUUAUGUCCAGAUGUUAAACACCACCAUCCUAAAGGUAUGAAUACAUACACCUGUGUAUUCUACUGACGUU